CCCGUCCCCCGUCUCCCCGUCCCCGUCCACACAGCUGCUCUUUACCCACUGCAAAUCACUGGAAAAAGCAGCGGAUCCCAAUGGCAUGGACACUUAUGCAAGGUCUGUCGCGCUGCUGUGCCACUGGAGCCCACUCUCUGUCUCUUCAUUCAACCCAGCUCCGUCGCCAUCGCCCCGCAGCAGAGCGAGCUGUGCCGCAACGCGACCAGCGACCACCGAGCCAAAGCAGGCGGCAUGAGGCUUGAUUCAGUGCAUUUAUCCAUGCUGGUCAUCGGGGUCUCAUUCGCCUGCUACUCCCCGAGUUUGAAUUCCCUGCAGGACCAGGCUUACACAGCGUCCGUGGUGAUCGAGGGUAAGGUGCAGUCCACGCCUCCCGUCAACGUCUCCGCGGAACCGUACCGUGUGAAUGUCAAAGUGCUGGAUGUUUGGCCCCUGAACAGCGGCGGUCUGGAGCGAGAGCAGCUCGUCACUGUGGGGGAAUUCGGAUCCGAGGCUCCGUGCACCAAAGUGAAGAAGAACCACAAGUACAUUUUUUUCAUGGACCCCACUGACGAGCCCUUGGUUUUCAAGGCAUCGUUCGCGCCCCUGGACACGAGUGGAAAGAACCUUAAAAAGGAUGUUGGGAAGAUCUUGUGUGAGGACUGCGCUGCAGCUCCAAAGUUAAAACCGAUGAGGAAUCCAAUAAUAGUGGACGAGGGAAAAAGGCUCACAGUUAAGUGUGAGGCCACAGGGAACCCCCUCCCAACCUACAGAUGGUUCAAAGACGGCAACGAGCUGAAGAAAAACAAAAAAGUCAAAAUAAAGAACAGCCAGAAAAACUCCAGAGUCCAGAUCAGCAAAGCAAAACUGGAGGAUUCUGGGAAUUACACGUGUGUGGUGGAGAACCCGCUGGGAAAGGACAACUCCACCGGCACCGUUAACGUCCAAAGCAUAACCACAACACCAUCUCCAGGCUCAGGCCACACCAGACAAUGCAACGAAACAGAGAAGACCUACUGUGUGAAUGGCGGCCACUGUUACUUCAUAGAUGGUAUAAAUGGGCUCUCCUGCAAGUGUCCAAAUGACUUUACUGGUGAUCGCUGUCAAACCUACGUUAUGGCCAGUUUCUACCAGCAUCUUGGGAUUGAAUUUAUGGAGGCAGAGGAACUCUACCAGAAAAGAGUGCUGACAAUCACGGGUAUUUGUGUGGCUCUGCUGGUUGUGGGCAUUGUGUGCGUUGUUGCCUACUGUAAAACCAAGAAACAAAGAAAGAAGAUGCACAAUCAUCUGAGACAAAACAUGUGUCCAGAACAUCCCAAUCGUAGCUUAGCUAACGGACCCAAUCACCCAGGACCAGGACCAGAGGAAAUCCCCAUGGUGGAUUACAUAUCAAAGAAUGUUCCUGCAACUGAACGAGUCAUUCGUCCUGUGACAGAGGGCUCGUUCCCCGUCAGCCACGCCUCCUCCAGAUCUCACAACUCUUCCACACGAGCCCAUUCAUCCACUCACAGACACGAGGAACGGACGUGGAGCCUGGAACGCUCCGACAGCGUCCUGUCGGACUCGCCGGGAAUGAUGUCGUCAUCCGUGGGGACCAGUAAAUGCAGCAGUCCUGCGUGCAUGGAGGCGCGGGCGCGGCGUGCUGCACACUGUGGUUACUCUGACCCCCAUCGGCCGGGCCUUCAGUACGGGGAAUCCUUGGACUCACUGGGAGACUCUCCGCACAGUGACAGAUACGUGUCGGCCCUGACAACACCAGCCCACCUGUCACCAGUGGAUUUCCAUUACUCAUUGCCCCCACAGGUGCCUACCUUCCAGAUCACGUCUCCCAAUGCCAGCCACGCCAUGUCUCUCCCUCCUGCUGCCCACAACCCCUACCCGCUGGAGGACGACCAGCCUCUGCUGCGCCGCUACCAGGUGCCCCUGCACGACGCCCAGUGCCAGGAACCCUACCGGCAGCAGCGUCGCACCUAUCUUAAGGACAGCAGGGGGAGCCUGCCCUCCAGCCCCUACCGGCUGGCUGAGGACGAAGACUAUGAGACCACCCAGGAGUAUCUCUCCUCUCGGGAGCAACCAAAGAGAAGUGGGUCCGGUGGAGCUGGUAGCCGUCGCUGGCGGAGAUCCAGACUGAACGGCCACGUGGCCCCGCGUGGAUACGAAGCGUCGCGGGACUAUGGGUCUCGAAGCUGCUUAACAGAUAGCGAGUCAGAGGAAGACGGUGAGAGCACGCCCUUCCUCAGUAUGCAGAAUAUGAACGCCGAGCCCGCCGCUGUCUACAGGCCGGUGGACAGUCGGACUUCUCAGUCGUCGGCGCGGCACAGUGGGCGUGGCAACAUGCACACGAGACUGACACACUCGCGCUCCAAGCCGGACAAUACACCGCAUUAAAGAGUGAACAACACAAAAACACAAAUAAAUAUAGUAUAGACCUGCAUCUAUAAGAAAUAUUUUUAUUUUAUAUAACUGACAGAUAUUCUAAACAAAUGAAAUAUUUAUUUUCAUUUUAGCAAAAGUUGUCUACUAGUUAACAGCAAAGACUUUUUUAUAGGGAAAACUCUAUUUAUAUGUACAUUUUGAUUUACAGCAUAAAAGAUGUGCCAGUUUUUUCACAACGUAAAAAAAUAGAGUAAUAUUGUGGUGCCUUUUGCUGUAUGCCGAUGCCAGAGGGCCAGUGGAGGUUUUUCUAGCCUUUCUUAUAUGGACGCCUCAUUUUUAUACACAUUUAUGUUUGUUUUCUGUUUUACUUUUUUUCCAAGUUGCAUUCUUUGAGGAGUCUAGCCCCAUUGGAACAUAACCCCUCCCAUAUCACGCAAUAUAAACCACUUCAACAUAAAGUGUAUGUUUACAUUGAUAUGCUUUAGGAUUUGGGAUUUAACAGAACGUCCGAUAAAUGCGAUGUAAAUCCUGAUUUGCCCUCUGACUCAUGUCUACAAGAGAAUGAGUGAGUGAAAUAGAGUGUGUGUGUGUGUGUGAGUGUGCGUGUGUGCGUGCGUGUGUCAGUUUGCUUGCAUGUAUUUCUGGUUGUUGAUGAAUUUCCUUGUUGUGUAACAUGAAGCAGUGUGUCUCUGCUGGCGUCUCGUCACCACCGUGCGUUACGCUCCCAGUUACGUACAGUUACACCUAUCAUUUGUCACGUUGUCCUGUUGUGAGGCCGUCAUCGCAUCUGAUUUCACUUCACUCCAAACUUCAUCAUCCUCAUGUGUCCAUUCUGCUUUUGUGGCUCAUGUUAAAAAGCCACACAGUGUCUCAGGAUUCCCCCCCAUCCUACACACACACACACACAGUUCACCCUCUUCACUCUCUACUUAAAGUCUACCUAAGACUGAGGUUCCCACAUGUCAAGCACCUACAUGUGAACAUAGAGUGGAGAAAAGUGCAGAACACAUUAGACAAUGUAACGUUGGAGGAUCAUACAAGACAAAAAUAUGCAAACUUUCUAUUUUGCUGUUUGAUGACAUCGUUUUCUAACAGGUGACUGUAACGUGCUGUUGUGAUGCCUGUAGAGCAGAGUGAUACAAAUGCAUAUUUACACCAGUUCUUUUUGAAAUCAUCUAUACAGUUGUCAGCCUUUCUUGUUCAUAUACUGGUGUUCAUUGAAUGACUGUGUCCAUGAAUUCUUUUUAUCACUAGGUUUAGAGCGCUCCACUUUACAUGCACACUUCCAGUAAUGCUUUGUCUUGUCCACAGAUUAGUCAUUUCAAAUUUGUUCCAGAAUGGUUUUCUCUCUCUGUCCUCCAGUAAAGGUGAAUACGCAGCAGAGGACAGUUGACCAACAACUGAAUGCUGAAUUAUCACAAAAAAAAAGGGAAACUUUCAAACGAUUGAUCUGCUCCAUGGUAAAUGCACAGCGCGUUGUUAUAGAGAACGGUCUUGGGUCACGCCUCACUUCCACAUAUUUCAGUUUUGUACGUCUGAAAAAUGCAAAAGAAGACAAUGCUCCUCUAGUUGAAUGUGGUCGACUUUGCCAGUCCUCGCUCCCACGUCUCCUGUUUACUUUCACGACCCCCACCUGACCCCAACACGACCCCUCCCUCCCUCGCUUGAAAAUGUUUGAACACCUCUCCUCUGCAUGUCCUUGUGGUCAAGGUUAGAUGGGUGCAUGGUCAAAAAUCAGCAGACAAAUUUGACUUUUUUUGUUUUCUUCACUCAGUGAAAGUGUAU